GGAAAUCUUGACUAAUCAUGUGUAUUUUAUGUUGAUAUAUGGAUUUCCUUCUCGCCAUGUUAAGACAGUUUGUAGAACGAGAUGAAUCCAUUUUACUUAUUUGAAAAUGUAUGUGUGAAAUAUUGCAUUCAGAGAAUAUAUGUGGUGCACAGUGUAUUACUUAUAGUAUUGAUGACAGGAGUAUGCUUUGGGUAUGAAUUAAAAUGUCCAGAAGCUUCCCAGUGGAGAAUCAGAGCUACGUCGUUGUGUCCAGAUUCCUCCAAAUACUAUUGUCUUGAUGAUGCAGCUAAAAAGCGUUACCUUGGAAACAGAUUGAUGAAAGGAGUGUCUGAAAACUGCACAAAGGUUGACGUAGAAUCCCCUGGAAAGAAGAUUGUUAUUCGUGGUCAGUUUGAUGCUGCUUUCUGCGAUGCAAGCCGAUAUCAACCUAUCAAAUAUUUCACAAAUGUCAGUGCCGAGUGCUUAUUCCAAAAGUCUACAUGCUCUGGACUCGGACAAACUAUACACACCAACAAAAACCCGGUUACUGAUCUAACAUGUAGAUGUGAUCAUAAGAAGGGAUACACCUUUACAACACCUCCCAAGAACCAAUGUUUUUGUGUGCCUUCUGUGGAGGAUUGUUCAUGUUACAGAAAACCGUGCAAUAGUUCAACGAUUGGAUUAUCCCAAGAUUAUCAGUGCUUUUCAAAUAUAUCGUCAGUAAUAACACAAAAUUGUUCAUUCGUUAAAGGAUCAGACAAAAAGGAUGAAAAUAUAUCAUCUACACCAAAAGUACCAGGUUUUAUAGACAAAACACAACCACAUGCAGCUAAUUUUAGAAGAACACCUGGUAUAUUUGUUACAAGCAUUUUAUGUUUAAUGCUGGCGAUAUUUGCAGUAGUUCUAUUUCUGAUAUACAAAGAUUUAAAGAGUCUGAAUCCAGAAGAAAAACAGACAAUACUUGAAAGUAUAAACAAAGGAGAAGAAAUCUAUCCACACAUUAGACUUGUAAUUAUAGGAGAGAAUGGUGUCGGUAAAACAUGUCUCAUGCGUCGACUUUUGAAACAAAGCAUUCUAGGCGUGGAAAGUACAGACGGCAUUGAUAUAGACGUGGCAAAAUGUAAAAUCAGGAUACGAGAUGGGAAAUGGAUUUACAAACCCAGCGAAUACAACAAAAAAAUUGCAGAAAGAGUUAAACGGGCUCUGACCGUGCAAAUUAAACAAAUUGAUGAAAAUAAUCUUACCAGUGCAAGUAGCAACAAUGUUGAUUGCCCCAACAUAGAGGAAAAUCAAUCGCCAACUGAUGAACGACAAAUUAAUGAAUCCAAUACUCAACUAGAAAAACAUGACGUCAGUGACAAGAUGAUUGUUCCACAACUUGAUGAUACACUAGGUUCGACAGACGAUGAUUUAUAUAUAAUGGAGACAGGCAGUGAAGAACAAAAACCUGUUAAUUUACAGAGAACAUAUGCACAUAACGAUGAACAUUUUGGUUCGCAUAAUGGCGAAACUGAGUCUGACCAUAAAUCCGUAUUUGAAGACCAGCGUUUGCUUGACGAUUUAGACCUGUUAGAGUCUGUAGCUAGUUGCAAAUUAUCGGAAAAUGAAUAUGCAGAUUGCGGAUUAUGGGACUUUGCUGGUCAGAAGGAAUUUUACGCGACUCAUCAAGCAUUCAUAACAAGCAACAGUAUUUUUCUAUUAGUAGCGGAUAUAUCGCAAGAUGUGAAUACAGAUGUUGAUACUUCUAUGUUGCAAAAAGGAUUUGAUAGCAUUGGAGAAUAUAUUGAUUUCUGGUUCGAUAGUAUUCACUGUUAUGCAAAUGGAGCAACAGAACAACGGCAAUCGACCUUAGAGCCACGAAUCAUUGUUAUUGGUACUGGAACUGAUAAAAUAAAUAAGAAAAACCUAGAAAGCAGGAUACAAGAAUGGCAAAGAAAUGUAAUGGUUCUUCUUAAGGAUCAAGAAAAAGGAAGGCAUUUAGAAACAUUUCACUAUAUUUCAAACAAAGAAUCGCCUGAAAGUGUAAUCGACGAUCUCCGUCAAAAAAUAUUUAACACCGCCAAAAAACUGUCUGUAUGGAGAAAAAGUACUCCUCUGGUAUGGAUUAGACUUGAGACAAAACUAAACAUCUUAAGAAAAUCGAAUGACAAUAUAAAUAUUAUAAAAUUCGAAGAUAUUAGUCGUAUAGCCUCCAAAUGUUCACUUACAGACUAUGAAGAACUAGUUAAGUUUUUAAAUGAGCAGAAUGCAAUUGGAAACGUUAUUUUCUUUGAAGAUAUACCCGAGUAUAUAAUUUUAAAUCCCAAAUGGCUUGUCGAUGCUUUUAGAUGUGUUGUGUCAGAUAAAAUUAAGACAGACAUUGACGAGAGUGGAAAGAUAAGUCGAGAACUAAUGUUAAAAUUAUUUCAAAAGAUCCCUGAAUUAAAAAUUGAAACAUUCGAUGACCAUAUCCUGAAGGUAAUGGAAAAAUUUGAUAUAAUAAUAAAACCGAGAAUUAACGAAAACCUUGAUGAGGAAAUAUCAUAUUAUAUACCAUCCAUGGUCAUUAGUGAUUCGACGAUCGCGGAUAUAAAGACAUCUUUUGGAUUAAACAAUCCUAAUUCUAAAUCAUCACCAUGGCUUAUUUUAGAAUUUACAUUUCUGCCACUCGCAUUCUUCAACCACGUGUUUUUCGAUUACAUUCGAAAAUAUGAAGUAUGCAAAGAUAGAAACAAUAGAAUGGCCUUUUACCAUGGAAUCGGAAUCUUUUACAUUAACAAAACCAAAAAAGAGCAGAAAUUAGUUGUUUGUUUUUCCAGAAACAUUAUAGCGCUUCAAAUCUGGGAUUUAGAGGACAAUAUGGGAACUGUUUGUAGAAAUAUCUUCAAUGAAAUUGAAUCAACAGUCCACAGUCUGCAACAAAGAUAUAAGUUAACAUUAGCAUAUAAAGUGAAAGUAAAAUGUGCUGGGGGAGACUAUAAUAAUCAGCAAGGAAGAUUGAAAUUAUCUGAUUUAAUCAACAUAACCAGUGGAAAAUUCUACUGCGAAGAACAUAAUGAAUUUCAUUUUUCGCAAUCUCUAUCUUCAACUUGGUUUGAAGGACAAAUAAUUCAACCUACAGAAACAUUGGAAACAAGUGAAAAUAUAAAUUCAAACGAAAAUCCCAGAUAUAAGUUACAGAAAACUAUUGAUACAGGUGAAGCAAGAUUAUAUGACAUGGUGAUUAAUAAUGAUGGCCUUCUCAUAUGUUCCGAUGGCGAAUGUGAUCAACUCGUUACCUAUACAAUGACUGGUGAACGACAACUGACAAUGAAGUUGUCAGGAAAUCCAUAUAGUUUAGCUGUUAUUGAUAACAGCACUGUUGCUGUUACAAUACCAAAGGACGAAAAAGUAGUUAUAAUAGAUUUGAAUAAAAAACGGACUAAGAGAGAAAUUAACAUUAGUGCGUGGUGUACUGGCAUCGCAUUUAUUCAUAAUCAGCUUUAUGUUUUUGCCAAACAAACAUUGAAAGUUGUAAAUAUGGAUGGGCCUGUCCUAGAAAGCAUUGACUUGCCUGAGUUUACUUCAGAUGAUUGUUGUAGUAGUAGAGAAGGUAACAUUUACUGCACAGAUUACAAUAAGCUGUAUUGUAUAGACACUAAGGCCAAUGUAUUAUUUUCUUUUUCUACAAAGAAUGCGAUUCACCCUAGAGGAGUUACAGUAGAUGACAAAGAUUAUGUUCUUCUUGCUUGCAGUCAUUCGAAAAACGUUCACAGGAUUACAUCUGAUGGUUCACAGAGCCAGGAGAUUAUAGCAGAUUUACCAAAAUCAGCUUGGUCCCCUUUUAUUUGCUUUGAUAUAAAUUCAAAAUCAAUUGUUAUUGGAAUGGAGAAUAAGAUUUUAAUUUAUGAAAGGAGAGAAUGACGAACAAUUAUAUUGGCAUUUAUAGAGUGUUAUUUGUUUUACUAGCACACUACUGUGGAAUGUUAUUACCCGAAUGUAUCAUUGGCCAAAUAGUUAGAGAUUCUCCCUUGAUAUGAUUUUUUAUAUUUCUGAAAUUUUCUCUUGAUAAAUAAAAAAGGAUAUUGACAAACAAAGGUUUCAUAUCCGCCAGGUAAAGUUGAUCUCAGAUAACUGGCAUACAGGUGGGGCCUCUACCAAGAAACAACGGAAAUCAUCAGUCGAAUAUACGUCCUGGCAAGAAUUAAAUACAUGUACUUAAUAUACAGAAACGCCCCCGUUACUUGUGAUUGUUUUUUGCUGUUCUAAUGUUAAGUUUCUCGCGGAAUUUUUAAUUUUUCGAAAUAUAUUUUUCGACAUUUUGCAUCGGCUAUUUGUCCGUGUAGCUUUUUUUUUCUAGUUCUUUCGGUUUUAUCUUGCAUCUCUUCUGCUUUAGCUUGAUUGACAGUUAAGCCGCGAUUGUGCAUUUCAGAGAAUCGUUCAUUAACCUCUUUCAUGGUUUUAGUUUGUCGCAUGUCCGUUUAUCGUUUGAUUACAAAAGCAUUUCAGAAACUGUCAUCACCAACAUGCUUGUAUUGUUGUAUAAGACAAUGUUUUAAUCAUUAAAUGGGUGUGUAUAACACAAUAUAAGCAUAACCAUGUGAUAAACCUAAACUAAACUUUAAGUACUAAAUUAUUUGGUCGUACAGACUUGAUGCAAGGACUUAUCACGAACAAUUAUUAGAAGUUAGAAUUAAUCGUGAAUGCCAUGUCUUGAUCGUCUGAUCUAACCGAUUAAACAUGAAACAAAGGAUACAACAGACCG